AUGGCGACGAUGGCGGACACUACGAACGACACCGUGGACAUCAAGAAGACUGGCUUCUUGUCGUUGGCGCGUGAGCUUAGAGACAACAUCUACGAGGAAAGCACCGCUGUCAGGCACAUGUCCGAGAUUGAUGAAACCAUCAGCUCAUACGCGCGAGCUGAGCUACACGACAUCCCAUCUACGCAGCUUAAGCUGACCUGCCGCCAAGUCAAAGUAGAGUACGAAGAGACACUGGCCCGCCUUGCUGCACCACCACGUCUGGUCAUCACCAUCUCGGAUGCCUCCGGUCAAACUACACGGGCCUGGCAUUACUUGUGCAGGACACCUCGACCACACUCACUACCGCUGAGACAGCUCUCUCCAGGCCUACUUGAGCGGCUUGCUGAUGUCGAGCAGAUCGAUGUUGUCUUCGAGCGCGGGAGCACAGGCGGCAACCUCACAGCGCUUGUGCACAUGUUGCCGCGGUGGAAGAAGAUGCGCCGCAUCCAGCACAGAGACUACACCAACAAGUUCCAGGUCAUCGAUGGAGUACCACGACUGCGGCUUUACGCAAAUGACACAGCACUGCAAACAGUAGAGCCCAAGUCCAACCAGUGGGGUCGACGUCUGCCUAAGAAGACAUACGCUACCGAGAACAUCCUCAUCGUGGCCGCGGGUUCCCUUUCGAAGCGGCGGCACUGCAUGCGAGGAUUCCACAGCCACAGAUUGAUGCUCACACAUUCUCAUGGACACGGAAGGAUGGCUCCAGGAGCUAUUAGACGUGGCUACUACAUCUUGCGCAGUGGUGCCGGCGAUAUGCACAUCCUCUUCUCCAACUUCGUUGGCUUACAGCACGCCUGUUACAGCACCAUGAAGACUUACGCAGAAGCACUCCUCGAUGGCAUGAAAGGCACGACUAGCGAUAUCUCCUCUCCACCGAUAGUCAAGCCACCGAAGCUCAGUAGUAAGAACACGAGCGACAAGAUCAGCUUUCUCGAUAUUCCGAGAGAGCUUAGAGAUCAUAUCUACAGCGAAGCCGACGACUCGAUUCGCGAGCCAGAGAUUGAGCGUCGCUUCCAGUGGGCGGACCGCGCCUUGAGUCGAAGCUUACCUAACCUCAGCCUCCUGCAAUCUUGUGUCCAGGUCAAGAGAGAGUACAUCGAGGAGCUCGCGCGCCAUUCGUUCGAGAGGAGUCUCACCAUUGAGAUUGGCAAAGGCCAUCAAUGGUGGCGCGACCGACCUUUCGACGAUCCAUGGUGGGGUUCGGCGAAGUUCAGAGGCCUUGAUUACAGACUGCCGGAGGUGCAGACACUCGUACUGAUCUUUCACGCGCAUGAGAGAUCUCAUUUGGAGCAGCCUUUCUACAGAGUCCGCGAAGCGCUGCACUCUGCAAUGGACCUCUCCCAACGGACCAAGACCAAGUUCAUCUACUCCCUCGACAUGGCCACACUCCGCGAACACCUUCAAACAUUCGGCAAUAUCCUCCCAGCCGCAAUGAUGCGAGACGCUUUCUAUCGAAGUGAACUCGCCAUUGAGCUUAAUCGACAGGGUGACAUGGACGAUGACGAAGUCGAGACAGGGAUGCGGCGACGUCGAGAUGAGUUCGAGAACGAGACGGUGACUAUUGUCCACGACAAGUUGUUUGUGCCAUGUGAGGCGUAUUGGGAAGAGCACCCCAAGAAUCGGAUUGCGUAUAAGGUGGCUUUGAAGGAGAGGGAGAGGGUCAGAGUUCUGACGAGUGAGGCCGGACUUGUGGAGGGUGUCAAUGAUGUUGUACCGAAGGAUCUCGACGUGGUGGAGUCGGAGGUGAUGCCGAAGUUGACGGGGAGUUUUGAGGAGGUUGAGGCGGAAAUGGAAGCUGUGAAAUAG